AUGGCCUCCAACCAGCCUAAUUCGGUCACCCAGUCCGGGAUUGCCACGAACGAAUCCACCGGAGAACGCUACAUCCCCUCGUCUCUUCGCGCGGAUGGCUCCAAGCGUCGUGAGAUCCGUGUUCGACCGGGAUACCGCCCCCCUGAGGAUGUGGAACUGUACAAGAACCGAGCGGCAGAGGCGUGGAAGAACCGCGGCAAAGGCGGGGUAAUCGGCGCUGACGGUUUGAAGGAUGAAGAAGACGCGUCGGCCAACAAGGCUGGCAGUGCGACCAGCAACAAGAAUGCGAAGCGCCGGGAAGCGAAAAGAAAAGCCAAGGCGACACAGGAAUCUGCUACCAAUGGCAAGGACGUGACUCAGAUCCACAACUGGCGCGCCGCUGCACCUGAUGAGGGCAAGAAGCAGUCCAACGGGACCAAGAAUACCGCAGCGCAGGCUGAGGAGGCGGUUGAUCCUGAAGCGGAGAAAGAGAAAAAGGCCCGCAGCCUCAAGAAGAAACUGAGACAAGCUCGCGAUCUACGUGACAAGAAGAACCAGGGAGAGGCACUGCUACCAGAGCAGUUGGAGAAGGUGAUCAAGAUUCAGGAACUAGUCCGCCAGCUCGAUGUUCUCGGGUUCGACGCAAAUGGCGACAAGAAGGAAGCCUCUGAAGAGAAGGAAUAG